AGAACCCUGUGGAUGAUUAUGUCGAGCUGUGCCUUAACUUUGUUUGCGUGCACAUGGACUGCUGUCCCUCCGGACAUUCCGCGUAUGGGUGAUGGGGCACUUGUUAUUGUCAUUCGUCGUCUACUCCUUAUGUUCAUUGCGUAUUUCGCCCCCGAACUCAUGGCCGCCUGGGCAGCAUGGCAACUCAUGUGUGCUCGACAAGUUGCCAAGGACUUCAAUGAUGCUUUGGGUGCGCAACGCGCCCAGCUCUAC